AUGAUUAAGCUUUUCAAAAUAAAGGACCAGAAGAAAGAUGAUGCUGGUAACGCCAAUGGAAGACCUGUGGGCAAGAAGCAGUCCGCUGGGGAACUCCGUCUUCAUAAAGGUUCUCUAACGCUAUGAUCCUGGAUCGAAAAAUAUUAGAAAUGAAUUUUCGUUAUAAAAUAAUCUUCCAGUAUAUUUUAAACUUUUGUUAAAUUCUGUUUAAAAAGAGUCUUCUAUCUUAGGAAACUUCACUGUUUUCCGUGGGAUGGUGUUCUUACAAUUAUAAUUUUUGUAGGUUUUUUAUCUCCUGGACUGAAACUAGUCCAUCUACUGCGAUAAUAAAUCCAAUCAUCUUGUCAUUUACAUUUUCUCGUUGGAUUUCCAUUAUUAAAUUUGUUCAUCCCAUUCUAAAAAUAAAAAUUAUACAAUGACAGAUAUCAGUGAGCUCAACCUACCGAAGACGACUACCAUAUCGUUUCCCAAUGGCAAGGACGACCUUAUGAAUUUCGAAGUUGUUGUUCGUCCAGAUGAAGGAUAUUAUCUGUAAGUGAUGCUAUUUUCAUUUGAGUAUCCAUCAUUUUUCAGAGCUGUAGAACAACACGGAGAAUUUACCUUCGUUAUUCAUUGCUUCUUUAUUUAUGGCUUUGUUGAUUCUACUGGUGACUUUAUACCCUCUUGCAAGAUCAAUUGUAGUCAGCAGGAUUUAAGUUGACUUUAUUUAAAAGAAGUGGAUUUACAUAUAUGAACAUUUUUUUUCAUUAUCCUGCUAUAUAUCAAUCCUCUCUCUUAUUCUAGCUUAUUCUCUUGUGAACCGACUGUGACGAUGAUCGUUUUCAUCUUCUUAGCGGUGGGAUGUUUGUUUUCUCAUUCCAAGUCUCUCCUUCUUAUCCAUACGAGCCACCGAAGGUUAAAUGCAAGACCAAGGUAAUUAUGUUUGUUUUAUACGGGAUCUCUGUUUUAUAGAAUUCCUGCGGUGUCUUACUUAUAUAUUUCACUGCGAUAUUUGAUGAAGGUGUAUCAUCCUAACAUUGACCUAGAAGGAAACGUUUGCCUGAACAUCCUUCGAGAAGACUGGAAGCCCGUCCUCAACAUAAACACUGUCAUCUACGGCUUGAAUCAUCUCUUCAUGGUAUGUGGCUUCACCUCUACGGAUGGGCUUCGCAUUUGACUUCUCAAGCCUAAAUUUUUCCAAUAAUCCCACAAGAUCUGAGGAAGAAAAAUGCGACUGUGUGGGAUAAUUCUGAAAGCAGGAUCGUUUUCAGACGAAUCCAAAGAAAAGUAUGGUCGUGUUUAAUUUUUUGAACAUCGUUCGUGGAUCAUAGGCCUGUUCUUGCGAAUUCUAAGUUCCUUGAGAAUUUCAGAUUCCUUAUUUUAUUUCCCCUUGGAUCAUGAUGACAUCCGAUUUUAUUUUCACAUUGGGAAACUUUUCUGGAUAUGGAUCUGGUUCCUGUAUCGGAUUGAAUGAAUAAUUUUCAUUUAUCUCUGAAUCUCUACAUCUGGAACCACUCCCAAUUACGACCCAUUUGCGUUUAGGCUCAGUCACAACCUCUUCUGGCUGUUCUAUUCCAUUAUCUAUGAAAUCCUAUUCUCGUCUGCUCAUUAAAGUCAUAUAUGGAGUGGAAUUACGUGGAUUCAUUCAUCUUCAUCUGGAAUUACUUGUCGGAUGUCAGGGGUCUCUCUGCAGAUAAUAGCCCCACCCCUCUGGUUUGAUCUUGUGAUGGUCAAUUCUAGCUGCUCUUCAUAUUUCUGCUCCUCCUUUGGGUUCAGGGUUCAAGGGUUGACCUUGAGUAUCUUUCUGAAUCUCCUAGGCCUUUAGCCUUGAUUUUAUCUGGUCAACUCCGGAUUGGGUCCUACAUACUGAUUUUGGCAGUCAGCUGGCAUUUCUCCUCCGUGAAAAGCUAAGGUUUUAAGAGGCUUAUUUGCGACGAACCUAUCCUCGGUCAUGUUCUGAAAACCCUAAUCCAACUCAGACUGGCUCUUUAUGAGUCAAUCUGAGUGUCAGUCUUCGUUGAAAAUCACCCAAAAUUGUGUGAUCGAGUUGUGAUUGAUUUGCGAUGUGGGUUGAAUCACCCAGGUCAAUCGAUUCAACCAAUUGGGUUUGCUCAACCGAGUCAAUCUGGGUCGUAAUCUACAUCUAAUCACCCAAACUGCACGCUUUUGCAUCCUGUUAGAGUGGGUCCAUUCGAAACUUCUUCAAGGUAUUGAUGAUCGAUAACCUCAUCAGUUCGAGACAGCUGUGUCAAGCUGGUUCCUUUACUCUCUGAAUCCUCCUACUCCAAUGCCGUCUCAGGCAAAAACCCUAAUCACCCAAACUCUCUCUCUCUCUCUCUUUCUCUCUCUAACUAUCUCUAUCUCUAUGCAGGACCCGAAUGACGAGGACCCUCUGAACCACGACGCGGCGGCCGUCCUCCGCAGCAACCCGAAGCUCUUCGAGAGCAACGUGAGGCGGGCCAUGAGUGGAGGGUAUGUCGGCCAGAUCUACUUCCCCAGGUGCUGCGUCUGA